CCUCAAUCGCCGUACGUUUUGCAGUCUAGUUCCGUCAUUAAUUCGCCCUGUCCGUGUCGAUUUUUAUUUUUUAUCUUUUUUUUCCAGAACAGCUCUGUAAUUUGACUGUAAAUAAGUGAAUAUAAGCUUCAGCAUUCUUUGGACAGAGGUACAUGCUGCAUGCCCACCAUGACGACCCGGGAAGGUGUUCUGCAAGACUUUUGUGGGCCACCUAAUAAUGACUCUCUCAUCUGGCCAGACAAAGCCUACGGCUAUUGCAAGGAGCUUCUGGUCUUUGAUGUCACCAGUUAUGCCUUGCUUGCCGUCGCUAGUGGUCUCUACAUUGGACAAAUCCAGUACACGGAGCAUGAGAACUUGAAGAGAUCCCUUGCUGUUCGAGGAAGGCUUUCCGUGUCAGUAGUCACCAGCUUUUUGCCAGUAUUAGGGGUAAUUCUGAGCUUAACUCAUGCCAAAAAACGACUUGCACCUGUUCAGUAUCUCACAGACAGUUGUACCUUCUUUGCAUGGGUUGUUCAUUCUCUAUACCUGGUAAAGCUUCGGAGAACAGGGACAAAACAUGUGAGGGGUCACUUACCAGUCUUGCUCAUGUGGCCUCUUACCUUGCUGUCUUCUGUUGUAAAGGUGGCAAGAGUUUUUCGUAACCUUGCACACAAAGACAGGGUCGAGUUGGACGAGAUUGCCAGAAUUGUUGCAUUUGUAGAAUUUGGUUUACAACUGUUGUACCUGGUGUCACUGUUGCCAUCCCGAAGACACGCCCGGAAGAACUACGAGAGAAAUCGAGGAAGGCCGAUCUUUCCUAGCAUCAAUGACGAUGCCACGGAUGAGACCUCACCUUUGGUGGGACGACAUAGACGGUCGUACACUCUAGAUGAGUACGGUCUCAUUUCGGAUCUUGGCAUCGCUGAGGAACAGGGCAGCUUCCUCUCUAAGUUGUUCUUGUGGUGGAUUCAGCCCCUGAUGAAACGAGGAGCUCAGGGCGAGCUGCGAAACCCUGAGGACGUGUUCCGGCUGCCCAAGUCGCUACAAACCCACCAUGUGGAAAACGCAUUCGGCAGGAUCUUCUUCCGCGGGAACCUGGCCCAGGGAGUCACGGACUACAGCGGAGCUUACGACGCAUCUCGUGGGGAAGAUCCCCAUAUGCCAGCAGGCUCUCUCUUCACUGACGAGCCACUGCACAGCUUUAUGGGAACCAGUUAUAGCAGCCAGUACGAUGAUGAAGUGCCGUCUUACGAAGUCAGGAACCCCAAGUCUAAGUCUGCAAGACCCACCCUCCUGAGGGCACUUCUGAGAGCUUUUGGGGUUCGCUUCUUCUCUCUUGGUAUUGUAAAAUUCAUCUGCGAUAUGUUGACAUUCGCUGGACCGCUCUUGCUCAAUGCCCUGGUGACUUUCAUGGAAACCGAGAAAGAACCAGUCGUGAAUGGUUGGCUGUACGCCCUGGGCCUCUUCCUCUCUUCUCUGAUUGGCGCUUUCUUGUCGAUCCACUACAACUACCAGAUCUUUAAGAUCUUGAUUCGCAUGCGGGCAGCCCUGGUGACCACAACUUACCGCAAGGCCCUCGUGGUGAGCUCCACAGCCGUGUCGCAGUUCACCACCGGAGAGAUUGUGAACUUCAUGAGCGUGGAUUCGGAAAGGAUCAUCAACGUCUGCCGGAGCUUUCAUGAGUUGUGGAGCCUCCCGGUCAAGAUUGCCGUAUCGCUGUUUUUCUUGCAUCAGCAGCUGGGACUGGCAUUUCUCACAGGAGUUGCCUUCACUCUGCUGUUGAUUGCUAUGACCAAAUGGCUGACUGUCAAGAUCCAGAAGUACUUUGAGGAUCUGAUGAAGCACAAAGAUGGCAGGAUAAAGGUCAUGAGUGAGAUCCUGUAUGGCAUACGCGUCAUCAAGUUCUAUGCCUGGGAGAAGCACUUCAUGCGCAGGAUCAAGGAGCUACGAGACCUGGAGCUGGGCAGUCUGAAGGGCGUCAAAUACCUUGAUGCUAUGUGCGUGUACUUCUGGGCCACCACACCCAUACUGAUAUCUGUGCUGUCCUUUGCCACCUACUCACUUCUAGGGAACCAGCUGACAGCUGCCAAGAUUUUCACCAGCUUGGCCCUAUUCAACAUGCUGAUUGGUCCCCUGAACAGUUUUCCCUGGGUUCUGAACGCUGUCAUCCAGGCAUGGGUGUCUCUCAAAAGGGUCAAGGGUUACCUGGAGCUACAGGAACUGGAUCCCUCAAGCUACUACAACCCAGAAGGCACAAUGGACCCCAACUCCUACCUUGAGAUCAAGCAUGGCGGUUUCCAGUGGGACCAUCCAAGGAAGACAGAAAGCACCCCCGAGAAAGACGAUUCAAAGACUAAGGCUAGCAAACCCAGUGGAAACGACGCAGAAGGGAUGGAGCAGGAGGAGGAGGAGGAUGGGGCUGGUACCCUAAAACUGUCCAAUUUGAAUCUACGUGUUGGCAGGGGCCAGUUAGUCGGUGUCAUAGGAUGUGUGGGAUCCGGAAAGAGCUCUCUCUUGUCUGCGAUCACUGCCGAGAUGACCAAAACGGGUGGGUCUAUUGGCAUGACGGAUCUCAUCGGUGGCUUUGGUCUGUCCCCCCAGGAAGCCUGGGUGCAGCACGCUACGCUGAGGGAUAACGUCCUGUUUGGCAUGGAGUACAUCGCCAAGAGGUACCGGGCAGUCAUGGAGGCAUGCGCUCUCCUGGAAGAUAUUAGAAUUCUGCCAGCUGGAGACCAGACUGAGAUUGGAGAGAAUGGAGUGACGCUAAGCGGGGGACAGAAGGCGAGGGUUGCCCUGGCCAGGGCUGUUUAUCAGGAUAAAGACCUAUAUCUGCUGGACGAUCCAAUGGCUGCGGUCGAUGUACACGUAGGGGCGCACAUCUUUUCCCAGUGCAUCAUGGGACUGCUGAGAAACAAGACCAGAAUCCUUUGCACCCACCACACCAAGUUCCUUCAGGAGGCCGACCUGGUUGUAGUGAUGGAAGGCGGAGAAAUUACCAAUGUUGGACAUCCCUCGCUGAUUCUGAAGAACAAAGAUCUGCUGACCACGUUGCAGUACGACGACCCAGAGGACUCCAACAAAGAUGGCACACAAAACCCAGAAGAGUGGGAAGAGAAAAAGAAUGAAGAGGAGGAUGGCAAGCUGGUCGAAGAGGAGGAGCAAGACGUGGGCGUGGUCAAGCUGAAGGUUUAUAAGGCGUACUGGAAUGCCGUGGGUUGCGUCCUGGCGUCCAGUGUCCUGAUUGCCAUGUUCCUGAUGCAAGCUUCAAGGAAUAUGACGGAUUGGUGGCUGUCCUAUUGGGUCAGUCACACCCACAGCUCUGUUCCGAUCAAUGCAAGCUCCAGCCCUGGUGUUCUUCUGCAGGGAGGCAUUAUUAGGGAACGGAAUAGUGUUAUGGAACUUCCUUGGACCAGGACGAACCUGACUAGCGGUGACAAUCUUGUAUUCUACCUGGGCAUCUAUGGUGGCAUAGUAGGAGCAAACAGCAUCUUCACUUUGUUCAGAGCCUUCCUGUUUGCUUAUGGCGGCCUGUGUGCUACCAGAGUCGUGCACAAGAAACUCUUGGCCAGCAUUUUUAAGGCCCCUGUCUCUUUCUUUGACACGACGCCCAUUGGCCGCAUCAUCAAUCGUUUCUCCUCUGACGUUUACACCAUCGACAACGAUCUCCCGUUUGUCUUCAACAUCUUCCUGGCAUCUCUCUUCAGCACAGUGGGAGCCUUUGCUUUAGUCUGUUAUGGUCUGCCCUGGUUUGCCAUCGUGCUGCUCCCAAUGUUUAUACUCUACAUCUACAUCCAGAACUACUACAGGAAGACUUCUCGUGAAUUGAGGAGGAUUGAAAGUGUGACAAUGUCUCCAGUCUAUGCCCACUUCUCAGAGACCUUGGCAGGGCUGCCAACCAUCAGGGCACUGAGAGCCACUGAAAGGUUUCGUUUGGAGAAUGCCUCCAAGUUGGAGACCAAUCAGAGGGUGCGUUUCUGCAGCUUUGCCGUGACAUGCUGGCUGUCAGUCUGCCUGCAGAUGCUAGGCGUUGGGAUCAUUACUGCUGUAGCAGUUAUAUCUGUCUUGGAGCAUAGAUUUCAGACCGUUAGUCCAGGUUUGGUUGGGUUGGCCAUCUCUUACACCCUGUCCAUUAGCUCCUUGCUUCAAUCCAUGAUCACAACUUUCACUGACACAGAGAAGAACAUGGUCAGUAUGGAGAGAGCUCAGCAGUAUAUCACAGGCCUACCCACGGAGCAGCAGCAUGGAAUGUACAAGGCACCACCUUCCUGGCCCCAGCAUGGUCAAGUGUCCUUCAAGAAUAUCUCCUUUGCCUAUCGACCAAACCUCCCGAAUGCGCUGGAUGGAGUGACCUUUGACAUACAACCCUCAGAGAAGCUUGGCAUUGUGGGAAGGACAGGAUCUGGGAAGUCGUCACUAUUACUGGUCCUGUUUAGAAUGGUGGAAAUACAAGGUGGUCAGGUGACUGUCGAUGGAGUCGAUUCAGCACACUUGUCGCUGGAGGAGCUCAGAUCCAAGCUUGCCAUCAUACCCCAAGAUCCCUUCCUCUUCAUCGGCUCAAUCAAGGAAAACCUGGACCCAACGGGACAAUUCUCAGAUGCUGAUCUCUGGUCAGUGCUGGAGAAAUGUCACCUGAAGUCUGCGGUUCAGAGCCUGGGAGGUUUAGAGGCUCAAGCCGGGGAGAAAGGCCGCAAGUUUUCAGUUGGUCAAAGACAGCUGGUGUGCUUAGCCAGAGCCAUGCUGACCGGUGCUAAGGUCCUGUGUAUUGAUGAAGCCACGGCCAGCGUGGACAUGGCAACGGAUCGCCUCCUCCAGCAGACCAUCCGGCAGGAGUUUGCGUCCAGCACCGUACUGACCAUCGCUCACCGACUGGACACCAUCAUGGACAGUGACCGGGUGCUGGUCAUGAGUGCUGGCCGGGUGGCUGAGCUGGCCAGCCCAGGGGAACUUCUAGAAGAUCCUACCUCAGUGUUUUAUGGCCUUGUUAAUAGCGGUUCUAAUUCAGCUGAUAGGUUUGUAUAAUACAAGGAUCCAAUACUCAGGGUCAGUAAAAUAUUACAGUUACAGUAUUUUAUUUUCCUUUGAAUAUCCACCCAAGAAUUUGUAUCAGAUUCUUAUAAUGCUGUAUUUUUCUAUUCAUGAAAUUGUCAAAAUAACUUCAAUCAUUCUAAAAGCAAUUAGGGCACCACUUGUAUCCGGGUAUUACCGUUUGAUAAUGUAAUACAAUGUAAACAAAAUAAUGGGAUUAUAUUAACCCUUUACGCCCGUAUUGUUCGGCCACGGACAGCUGCACUGUGAGUGGAAUGUGUACAUGCAGGCAUUCGGCCAUUGUCUAUGAAUGAAUGCGGCUAUGCAGCAGGAAUGCGGCUACAGCAGUCCCCCAGAUUAUCUGCUUUCAUCGAGCUGCGUCUAUAGCCGUCAUCUGGCAUCAAAGGGUUUAGCAACUGUUUAAACAGUGGACCAUUCUUGUGUUUGCAAUUUUAUACAUUGAUUAGAUUCAGUGAACAAUGGAAAUUUUAAUACAUUUAAAGGAAAAUGUUUACUUUUAAUUUCUUGAAUGAGAAUCCAUUUUAUCUUUCAUUAAUAAGGGUUUCACCAAACAAAACUUUGCAAGUUAAAAAAGGGUCUUUCGAAAUAUAUUCCCAAUUUUAUGUGAAAGUGAAACUGUGUCAUUGUAGCUUUUUCAUUGGUCAGGUCAGCAAUGCCUGAAGUAUUUUAUUCGAGUCGACGAGGAAGGACAAAAUUCCAUAUUAAAAUUUACAUCUCCCCCGGUACAGUGUUUCAUUAAAAAAAGUCAUAGAUCCGUUUUUUCCACCUCUAUUGUGGAGAUGCACCCCUGUAUUUUCCAUGAGUGUUUUUGCACGCAAUAGCUAGCUCUGAAAGUCCAAAGUUGAUAUGUUUUUAAAUUCAGGGCCGUUAAUCCUUCGUGUAAAGAUAUACCAGUUUCCGGUCAUUCUUGUUUCAGUAUGCAUCCCUUUCAGUUUUUCUGAUAUGUACAGUGGACGAUCACUUAGCAUAUUAAUAACCCUCUAAUUGAACAUCUUCUGUUUUGUUCAGAGGCAGUUGUGGAAGCACCGAUAAGCAAUCUGGGCCCUGAAGUAGGUGCUAUGUCUCCUAUGCUAUUUUCUCUUUUGCUAGAAUUGACAUCAACUUGAUUUAGGCCAUCUUUUAGGUCACCUAUUCACAUUUGUUAGCAUGGCUUGUCGUCACUUAUAUAUGAAGCCUGCUAUCCGUGGUUUCGCAUUCUAGUUGAUAUCAGCAAGGAAUCCUAUGUCUACAAGUCAUGAACUUCUGUCCACCCCAAGUAUGGUGUCUGACCUCCCCUACAGUGCCAGUUUAUUAAUCACCCAGGGGAUGUAUGUAACUUCGUUCCCAGACGUCGGAAGAAACUGUCAGAGUCACCUGUGAUAUCCAGCAAACACUUUGUCCAUGGGUCUAAAUGCCAUCUACACAACAGUUCUCCACUACAUUACCACCAACCAAACCAACUGGUAUGUCUGUUUCAGGCUAGAAAUCAGUUCCAUGGGACCAAAUGUUUAGACUGAGGCUCCUGACUGUGCCCUGAUCAGUUGGCACUUGGUGCUUCCUUGGGCAUGACUCCUCUCCACAAUUACAGCAGAAAUAAUUUGUACAUCGGUGAUUUGUAGUCAUUGCUGAGAUGGAGACCAUCCCUGCACCAAAGCCAGUCGUUCCUUUCCGGAAAGUCCUCGUUGAUAUCAAAAUAAAACACAGUGUUUGCUACAUCCUAACAUACAAAUACCAUGCAUGUUUAAUAAUUUGUAUUUACUAAAUCAGGUUUUUGUUUAUAUUUGCUUGAACAAUUGAGUCGCUUUUUUUCUUGCCUUGCCACGCUCAUUGAAGACUUUGGUCUCGAUAAGUGCUACUCUUUCAUUGAGGCAGGAAACGUAACUAAGGACUUCGGGGAAUUUGUUUUUUUGAAGGUCAGCACAUCCUGUUUACCUGCAUUUGUG